AUGCGAACCACUACCACAACAACAGUUAAUCAUUCAUCAGAUACCGUAUGUAAUGGCUUUUUUCACACAAAUGGAACAUGGAAUGAUGGUUUGUUUCCAAACACGUCGAUUGAUAACGAUACAUCUUUUUUCUUCUUCGAAGGUUUUAUUUGUCCGAUCGAAAAUUCCAUUCAAUAUAUUUGUUGUGGCACAGAUUCUUAUCGUUACUGCUGUCCGCCGGAUGUUAAAAUUGAUUCAGAUCUGAACUUUGAUGUCACAUAUUCGCCCAUUCUCGAUAAUCUUCUAGCACACGAGAUCAGUUCGGCAUUGAUCAACAAUCGUAAAAUAAUGAGCAAACAAUUUGAAGAGUUUCAAAGAUAUUUCCUACCGAUAUUCUUAUUGUCCACAACCGUUCUCUUUCUUCUCGGCAUUGCCAUUUGGUUUUGGUUAUACAAACACAAGGCAUUCUAUUCCUUAGAACAAGAUGACCUGGCAGAACUGCAAACAGCGCAACAACGAGCAUUGCCCAAGCCAAAAGUUCAUUUCAAUCUGCCCGAUGAACAAAAAUCUACAUCAUCCAUAUACUCGACAACUGAACUAUAA